GGACACAAAUCGGUGAAAAUAUACAAUUUAGAAUAAUCUUUAAGGGAAUAAAAGUGCUGUAAAUAAUUUAUUUGGAAAUAAAAAUUUAUCAUGUGUUAAAAAAUAUGUAAAUUUAUCGAUAUUUCGGAUCCUCUUUGAGUGUUACACACAUAUAAGUUAAUUGAUACACAAAAUGUCCAAGCUGUGGGAAAAUUUUGUUUAUAAAUUUUUUCAGUAUGCACCGAGUUCCGUGGUGUCUCUGAUGUUUUUGCCUUGCGGUUUGGUAUUUGGUUACACGAUAUCAUCAUUCGUAAUCGAACGGAAUUCUAAUGUCGGCGUCAUAGCUUAUGGCCCCAUUAUACUGGGUGGAUGCUGGGGUCUCGUAGCUGCAAUUGCUAUGUUUAUGAUGAAGUUCAUGAAGGGACGCAUUAUAUUUUGGCAUAUUCACAUUUUGCUUGCAGCGGGGGCAUUCCAUAUACUCGCCAGCUGCUUCUUCUUCGCAACCAAUGUAGGUGAGUAAUUGUCAUUGAACUUUCCCCAGUAUUAUAU